CACAUGCUAGAGGGUCUGGUACGUACAUUUUCUUGGUUGUGCUGAGUCACCAUGUUCGGAACACGGUUCGGAGUGUAUAUAUGGGGUGGGACAGAGGCAGGACUUCCCUCCAAAGAAGAUGGGGAGAGAUGGAGCUGAAGGGAGAGAAAUCUCUGGUCUGCAACUGCAACGAAGGCUUGUAGGCUCCAUGUCCACCUCGUCUCUCCGGUCUCCCGCGGCGCAUCAGCUCCUGGACACGGCCACCUCCGCUCCAUCCUCCAAGUCCUUGCGGCCGCGCCUGGUCUUCUGCUCCACCGCACCCGAACUAGAAAACUCGAGGAGGAAGGAGGAAAAGGAAGACGAAGGGGAGGAACAGGAUUCCACUCAGACGACUGAGAGCUUGAGGUCAGGGGCAUCGGAUACUCCGCGGUAUGGCUGAGUCCCUUCCCCGUACAGGGUUGCAGCUGAACUAUAGGCGCUCUGUUGUUGUGAUGCUGUGUUGCGAGUGGUCUUAUCCAACACAGGGUGAAGCGAGCAUGGUGGAAGCAGUGG